CAGGGCUCUAGCAGAAAUAAAAACAAAAGAAAAAAAUAAAGAAUAAGAAGAACAAGAACUGCCAAGUUGUUGUGCCGAAGCAGAAAUGGCUUUGCCUUUGAGAGCCUUAUCUGCUACGUUGUUGUCAUUGCUUUUAGCCAUUGCAUUGGCUGAUUAUUGCCAUGCACACUCUGUUCACCAUGCAAUUGGACGACAUGGCCACCAUUUUAAGUCUCCAACUCUCAAACAUCACCGUCCUAAGUUCAAGCCAGGGCCAUGGAUCAAAGCUCAUGCUACCUUCUACGAUGGUAGCUCCACCAGUUUUGGAGGAGCAUGUGACUACAAAGACGUUGUAGCUUCAGGGUACGGCUUGAACACAGUGGCAGUAAGCGAUGUUCUAUUCAAAAAUGGACAAGCCUGCGGUGCUUGUUAUGAACUGAGAUGUGUAGAUAACCCUCAAUGGUGCAAGCUAGGGCAGCCAUCUCUCAUCGUUACGGCAACAGACCGUUGCCCGCCCAAUCCAUCUCAACCAAGUGAUAAUGGUGGUUGGUGCAAUCCACCUCGUGAACAUUUCGACAUAGCCAAGCCUGUCUUCAACCAACUUGCUGACUAUGUGGCUGGCGUUAUUCCUGUCAAAUACCGCAGGGUUCCAUGCCAGAAGCAUGGAGGAAUCAGGUUCACAAUACUGGGGAAUCCUUGGUUCUACCAGGUUAUAGUGUGGAAUGUUGGUGGAGCUGGAGAUGUCACUAGCGUGGAAGUGAAGGGCAAUAAAAAGGUGAAGUGGACCCAAAUGCAACGCGAUUGGGGUGCCACCUGGAAAACCAAUGCUAUUUUGCAGGGUGAGUCGCUGACCUUCAGGGUUAGAGCAAGUGAUGGCAGAUCCUCAACUUCUUGGCAUGUUGCCCCUAAGAACUGGCAAUUUGGUCAGACCUUUGAGGGUAAGAACUUCAAGUAGAGUAUUAGAACAAGUCAAAAAAUUUCAUAGACAGACUAAUCCUUGUCCUCUUAAGUCAUUAUCAUGUACACUAGCAUUAUAUUCUACUACUACACUGAGUAUUGGUGCAGUAGCCACCUGUUCAUGUGCCAGUGUGGCGGACAGGGAUGAUGUUUAAUAGCCUGUAAUGUUUAUAUAACUCAGCUAUGUUUCUAUUGUCUUCUCCA